GUGCAGCUGUACUAUCGAUGUUCGGCCCAAAGGAUCUGGCGCAGCGAGAUCAAGCAGAGAUAUAGCAGUAGAAUAAGAGUGCGGUUUUGGCUUGCGAGGGUCAAAAUCUCAUUAGUGCCAAGUUUUCCCACUCAUUGAUCCUUUUCGAAGGAACGACAGAAAGUCAAACAUGGCUGUUCCGGACUCAACCGCCCUUCAAGACCGAUAUGCCCAGGAGCGCGACAAGAGAUUGCGAUCUGAUGGUUUGCAACAAUACGCACGUUUAGCUGGAGAGGAGGCGAAGCCGUUCGACCAUGAUCCAUGGAUCAGCCAAGAGCAGCAGCAAGAAAAAUCAAAGGAUGCAGGACCCCUCAAGGAUGGCGACAACAUCCAGUUCCUCAUUAUCGGUGCAGGCCACGUGGGGCUACUGGCAGGAGGACGUCUGGUGGAGGCGGGCUUCUCGGCUAAGGGAGUGUGUCUGGUAGAUGUAGCGGGCGGUUUUGGUGGGACCUGGUACUGGAAUCGAUACCCAGGCUUGCAAUGCGAUGUAGAGAGCUACAUCUACAUGCCUUUCCUCGAGGAAACAGGCUACGUGCCCUCGAGCAAGUACGCUUCAGGCGAAGAGCUCCGCCAACAUUGCGAGCGUGUGGCAUCGCACUUCGAGCUGCGCGGCCAAUUCUCGACACGCGUGCUCAGCGCAACGUGGGAUGAAGAGCGCCGCCGCUGGGUAGUGCACCUGCGCAGAGAGCGCGACGGUGUUGAGUUCAAGAUCUUCACCCAGUUUGUCAUUCCUUGUAGCACUAUCCUCACAGAGCCUAGGAUGCCCAGAUUGCCCGGCUUGGAGGAGUUGCGUGCCAAUAUCCCUAUCUUCCACACGGCACGCUGGGAUUAUGAUUGCACAGGUGGCUCACCGACCGAUCCUAUUCUCUCCAAACUGCGGGGCAAGCGAGUUGGGAUCAUGGGCACAGGUGCAACUUCAGUGCAGGUGGUUCCGCACUUGGCACGCUGGGCGGGACAUCUACACGUCUUUCAACGUACGCCCUCGUACUGCGGCCCGCGCCGUCAACAGAAAACCGAUCCCGGUACAUGGGCACGUGAUGUGGCGAUAGGACCUGGUUGGCAGCGUGCUCGUCGCCUGAAUUUCGACACCUUCUUUGAUGGCGAGCAGUAUCCGGCGGAUCAUCCUGAUCUCGUCGCCGACAGCUGGACGCAGUUGUCCCGAGGCUUUGCGGGCUUCAUCGGAGGACCACGACACGUCACGCCCGACACAAUCGAGGAGCACGUACGUACGCUUCAUGCUAUAGACGUGCCGCUGGCCGAGCAAGCACGGGCACGUGCACUUGAUGUGGUGGUUGAUCGGGCCACAGCAGAGAAGUUGCAGCCGUGGUAUCCUACAUGGUGCAAACGACCGACCUUCCAGGACGAGUAUCUGCCUGCUUUCAAUCAACCGAACGUCACGCUCGUUGAUACGGAUGGCCACGGCGUAGAGCGAUACACGCCGCGGGGUCUUGUCGCUAAUGGAAUCGAAUACGAGCUGGACGUACUAAUCCUCUCUACGGGAUAUCUGCUGGCGACAGGCGAAAACGCGGCGCCCGCUGAGCUUUUUGGCAUCCCUGUUGUGGGCCGCAACGGUCGCCGGUUAAAGGACAAAUACGGUGCUGCUGACUUUGCCACUAUGCAUGGCAUCGCCACUAACGGUUUCCCCAACUUCCUCUAUCCCGGCCUUGGUGGCGGUACGGGCUCGCCAAAUCUCACCGCGGUGUUCGACAUCGAGGCUACGCAUUUGGCCAACGUGUUGAAAGAGGCGACACGUCGGCAUUCCGACCCGACCCAGCUUGUCAUCGAGCCGACCAAGCAAGCAGAAGAUGCCUGGACGGAUGAGAUUGAAAAGUACGCACUGUGGUUCUCUGUGGUUCUCGCCUGCACUCCGGGCACUUUCAACCACGAGGGCGCCGCUUCACGUAUGGCUGGCAGCGACCCGGAAAAGAGGCGGCUGGCCAUGAGGAAAGUGCUACAUGGAGGCGGUAUGGCCAUGUACGAGCGCAUUGUUCGUGAAUACGAUGCGAAAUGCGACAUUGCGGGCUUCGAGGUGUCGUAAGCGGAUACAUUGUCCGGCCCAAUGCCUGUGAUAUAUGUGCAGCUUACGCAGCCUCGCAAACCGUAUCAAUAUGCGAGGAAAAGGCAAAUGUAGUAUGUCAAAUAAUGAAGUCAAGUCUCCCUGCACUCACCAUGGCUUCCAUUCCACCGUUAUCUGGUAGGAGAGUAGCUAUUAGUACUGGGUACGACAAGAGCAGGACAUUUGAACGCACAGGUUCUGGAAUCAUAGCAUCCACCUCUGGAGCCACAUUGACUUCCGGUGCAGAAUUGGAGCCGCCGUAAUCGAUGGAAAGCUCGGUGCCCAUCUGUUCUCAAUCACCGCUGGACGCUCGAUUUGCUUUGUUGUACGACACAUGCAAUGUUCUGACGCUAUGGCUUCUUUGGCGAGCUCGUGCCUGCGCUUG